AUGGGCCUCGUCGAAGACGCAUAUCGCAAGCUUGGGCAAUACGUCGAUCCAAAGGGCAGCAGCGGCAACCCCGGCCAGGGAAGCUCGCUUGCUGCCUCUGCCCCGCAGUGCAUGUGCCCCCACCAGCCCGGCUGCCCUGCAACCUCCAGCUCCCACGCACAACAACAAGCGCCAUACGCGCCGCUGUACACGCACCCCGGAAACAUCCAGCCGCAAUACGGUGGCGGCGGCGCCGCGCAUAAUCCGACCACGACACCUAUCCCGUCUGGAGCCAUCGCCGGCCCUGGCGGCUACUACCUCCCCUUUGACGACUACAAGCGCUUGCUCAAGGACCGGAAGCGCAUGAAGCAGCUCAAGGGGACUGAUUACGCGCCGGGAGGACCGCUUGGCCCGCAGGGGUACUUUAUGACGCAUCAGCAGGAGAAGAAGCGCCGCAAGGACAAGGAGGAGGACGAGAUCUGGGACGCCAUCUUUGGAGAGUUGUAA